GUGCGAGAGAGAGAGGCCUUGUGAAACGAAACAUUAAAAAAAGCGGAAAAAAAAGGAAAUUUCCCUCUCAAUGGAUCUCCUCUUCUCCGAUUCCCCCAGAUGCGCUAAAAGCGCGUUUCGGAACGCGGUUCCAACGCAAUGGCGCACUGCGCCAUCACCGGCGCUUGCCCCUCCGACUACGUCGCCGUCGCCAUCUCCCUCCUCUCCCUCAUCCUGCUUAUAGUUCGCGCGCUUUUACCCUUUAUUUCUAAGAAGGGACCUAAAGUGAAAAUCUCUGGUGUCUGGCUCAUGAUAGCUCAAAUUGUCGGAAGCAUUAGCUUGAUACUGUCGCUAGUGAUGUCAAUUAACUUUUUGACGUUAAAGCAUAAAGAUCCUUGGCGGUCGUGCUAUAUAUGGGCAGUUUGGGCUGAAGGUCCAUUUGGGUUCGGUUUGUUGAUGAGCUGUCGCAUUGUACGGGCUUUUCAGCUAUAUCAUGUUUUCGUCAAGCGGAGAUUACCUCCAAUCAGACCAAGUGUCUUACUAACAUUAAUUCUUAUACCCUGGAUUGGUGGAGCUGCAUUUCUUCAUAUGAACAAGCCUUUAAAUCAUCGUUGCCAUAUGCGGACUCAAUGGGUCAUUCCAAUAGUGUGUAUUCAUGGGUUCUAUCUUGCCGCAUUGAUCGGUAUCACAAGGACGGUUCAUCAUAUUGAGUUUAGGUUUCAUGAAUUCAAAGAUCUUUUACAGGGCAUAAUUGUUUCGUCUGUUGCAAUAGCAUUAUGGAUUGGUGCAUAUGUUUUAAAUGAAGUCCACGAAGAUAUUUCUUGGAUUCAAGUUUGUUCAAGAUUUCUUCUUCUAGUGACGGCAAGUGUUUUAGUGCUAGUAUUCUUUUCAAUGUCACUUUCCCAACCUUUGAGUUAUCAAAUAAGCUUAAGGAAAAGAGAAUCCUCGAAAGUUAUGACAAUGCGCCAAGCAUUGGGGAUACCAGAAAGUAGAUUGAUCAUACAGACUACAACCGCAAGCGCUAUUGAUCUCAACCAACCUUUAGACAAACUGCUGGAAAAUAAGAGAUUUCGACACUCAUUCAUGGUCUUCGCUGACAGUUGUCUCGCUGGGGAGAGUGUUCAUUUCUACGAAGAAGUACACGAACUGAGCAACAUACCUGUUGAUGACCCUGUAAGAAGAAUCUACAUGGCUAGGCACAUUAUCGAAAAGUACAUAGCUGCUGGUGCUGAAAUGGAGAUAAACAUCUCCCACAGGACGCGCCAGGAAAUACUCGGCACGCCCGAUCUCACUCACCCAGACCUAUUCAACUGUGCAGUAGCCGAGGUGAUGCAGCUGAUGAAAACGAAUUUGGCGAGAGAGUUCUGGUCCUCCAUGCAAUUUGUGAAGUUCAAAGAGGAGAAUUCGAAGCAGCUGCAUAAUAUGGAGCCUGCAGGUUGGGAUUGCUCUGAAAGAGUGAGCUGUGUUCGAUGUACUGAUGAUCCCUUUAACCAAGAACAUUUGCAGCAUUGUUCUUCUGGAAACCAGUAUAAUGUGUAAGGUACUGAACAAACUGUAUGAUAUCAGAGAAUGGAUGUAUCUUUGUGCAAAAUUAUGUAGAUAAUAAUAACCCCCUUGACUAUAGGCCAUUUUGCAAUAGAACUUCGAUCUCCACUUA